AUGUCUGGGCUGCCGUCGUCCUUUGACGACAAUGCUGAUUUCUAUGAGGAGAACCGCUGGCAGAAGCUGUUUAGAAAGCUCAAGGAAGAGCCUCUCGUUCCUUUCGGCUGCGCUGUGACUUGUUACGCCCUGUACCAAGCGACCAAGUCGAUGCGUCGUGGUGACCAUGCCAGAACGAACCGCAUGUUUCGUGCGCGUAUCUACGCCCAAGGAUUCACCCUGCUAGCGAUUGUUGCCGGCUCCGCGUACUACAAGGAAGAGCGUGAGAAGCGUCACGAGUAUGAUACCGCAGUGGCUCAGCAAAAGGCCAAGGAAAAGAGCGAGGCCUGGAUUAAAGAAUUGGAGGCUAGAGAUCUUGAAGAGAAGGAGUAUCAAGAAAGAAGAAAGGCUGCUCGGCAAGCAGCUGAGGAGGCACGAGGUGCCGGAGCGGCUCGCAGCGCGCUGGAGAAGUCGGAGCGCAGAGAAGAGGUUGGCGUUCUACAGGCAGUCAGAGAUCUCGUGAACGGCCGUGUUUAG